AUGGCCUUAUACUCACACUCUAGCAUGUUCUGCUUCUUUACAAUUUUGUUAAUAUUUGGAGAUGCCUCUGCGCAAUUAUCCCCAUUUUACUAUGCAAAGACUUGCCCAAGAGCCCUCUCUACCAUUCAAACUGCAGUGAAUAACGCAGUUGUUAAGGAGCAUCGCAUGGGGGCCUCUUUGCUCCGUCUCCAUUUCCAUGAUUGCUUUGUCAAUGGAUGUGAUGCAUCAGUUUUAUUAGAUGACACUUCAAGUUUUACUGGGGAGAAGACAGCCGGCCCAAACGUCGAUUCUUUGAGGGGUUUUGAAGUAAUUGAUACCAUUAAGACUUCACUGGAGAGUGCUUGCCCUGGAGUUGUUUCUUGUGCAGAUAUCCUAGCUGUUGCAGCUCGUGAUUCUGUUGCCGCCUUAGCUGGGCCUUCAUGGACAGUUCAGUUGGGCAGAAGAGACUCGACCACAGCAAGUUUAUCAGCUGCAAAUAGCGACCUCCCAUCUCCUGCAAUGGACCUGAAAGACCUUAUAUCUACCUUCUCGAACAAAGGGUUUAGUACAAAAGAAAUGGUAGCCCUCUCAGGAUCUCAUACAAUAGGCCAAGCUAGGUGCUUGAUGUUUCGUGGACGUAUCUAUAACGAGACCACCAUAGAUUCAGAAUUUACAAAAUCAACACAAUCAAACUGUCCAAUCACAGGGGGAGAUAGCAGCCUUUCUCCAAUAGAUGCCACCAGUCCUGUUAUCUUUGAUAAUGCUUAUUUCAGGAAUUUGGUGAAUAGCAAGGGCCUGUUACAUUCGGACCAACAGCUCUUCAGUGGCGGCUCCACAGACUCUCAGGUCACCACCUAUAGCUCAGGCUUUUCAACUUUCUUCACUGAUUUCGCCAAUGCCAUGGUGAAAAUGGGGAACCUUAGCCCUCUCACAGGAAGCAAUGGCGAAAUUCGUACUAAUUGCGGGAAAAUCAAUUGA